CACAUGAUCAUUGAAAAUUCCAAAAUGGAGGGCAGUGGAAACGAAGCAGGAGCAGGAGCUGGUGGAGCUUUUGGUGCUGGUAAAGCAGGGGCUCCGUUUGAUCCCCUUGCAUUUAUCAAAAAACCUCAAGUAAUUCUUAGGGUUGUUAGCUGGCUCUUCUCUGUCAUAGUAUUUGGUUGCAUAUCGGCAGGAGGAACGUAUGAAGGUGUUUGUCUCUACAAUAAGGACACAAACGCUUGUAACUAUGGCAUGGGAAUAGGUGUUCUUGCAUUUAUCGGCUGUAUAGCCUUCCUUGUAGUGGAUGCCUUGUUCGAUAAUAUGAGCAGUGUACAACAUAGGAAAUAUGCUGUCAUUGGAGACAUGGGAUUUUCUGGUCUUUGGACAUUCCUCUGGUUUGUGGGUUUCUGUUAUUUGACCAACAAAUGGGCGAGCACAGACAAGGUUUGGGUGGAUACACAAACAGAAAUGGGAAGGAAUAAUGUCCAGGCUGCUAUUGCAUUUUCAUUCUUUUCCAUCUGCUCAUGGGCUGGUUUGACUGUCCUUGCCGUCAUGCGAUAUAGACAAGGAUCAGCUGCCGCAUUUGCCCCCAGCUACGAGCCUGACCCAAAUGCUCAGCAGUCAGCCCCCUACUCCUCCUACCCAGGGCCUGACAGUUCUGACCCCUACCAGCAACCACCAUUUUCACAGCCUGCCCCGCAGCAAGGAGGGCCGGAAUAUCAGCCACCUACUUACUAACUGACACCUGAUUAGAAAUUAUUGUCUGAUAAAUAAAUGAUGUCCUGAAUCAAGUCUGGAUAAAACGAACUAUGAAUGCAACGUGUGGGUCAAAUAAGAACAAGAACAAACUGAAUGAGGCAACAUCUCGUUCAGGGAUACAGCGCCGCCUGGUGGCCAGUGACAUUUAGCAUCACUGGUUAGGACUUGGAAAGACACAUUCUUACGGCUUUGCUGUUACAAUGAACUGAUUGGCUAAAUGAUGAUAUCUUUAUGGUGUUGUAAAUCACUUGGUUUUGCAUCAGUUUUAUUCUCUGGAAAACUUGCAGAAAUGGAACAUUUGCCGGUACACUCACCUAGAAAAUUGCCGUAAUUUAGAGGAGGCAGUCUGACAAUGAGGUGGUGAAAUAAAAAUGAUGCAUAAUGAAGUGAUGAUGCAGUGCUUUGUUGUAAAUAAUGAUAUGCAUGGCUAACAUCAGGUGUAUGAUAUGCGCAGAACAAUUUCAUCAAAGAAAACCACUAUUGAAUCUUUAGGACAUCAUAGCCAAUCGACUUGAGAUAAUUUAUUUUCAUUUGUUUCAUUUAUUGAUUGAUUUUAUCAGUGAAAAUAGCAGAAGCUAUUUUGAAUAUUUGACGAUGAUAAAAAACAGUUCAUCUAUGCGUUAUUUCACCCCAAAUGAGUUGUUACACUACGCCACCCUGCCGUUGAACUUGUUGAAGAACCAGUAUAUGCAAAUCAAUGCUCAUGUCGUUUAAACAUGGUGAAGACACUCAGUUAUUGAGUCUAACCAAGAAGGCGAGGACAACAUUUCAGUUGCCAUAUUCGUUAAUUGGCCUUGUAAUGUCUGUGGCUUAUUUUUUUGCAACUUGUGAUGCUAAGUGCAAGACCUUGGAACGUCUUACAAACUAUUCCCCAAAGCUUCACUAACCAUAAGUGGUGGGAAUAACAUUUAGACAUAGCAUUAGUUCAUAAAGUAAUAUAAUUUGCUUCAUAUAUUCUGGGCAGAUUUGCUGAAUUGAAACAGGGGGAUGAUGUGUUGGGACUGAGAAUAAUGGUUUGGUCAGGUCCAAUGGUUAGAUGACAUGAAUGCUCGAAUGCUUUGUUGAACGUGGACAGAAAGUCAAGCCAAAUCUGGAUAAAUCGCAACUUCCAUUAUGCAUGCUACAGUUAGUGCUUUUGAUCAUUCUAUGGUACUGAUUGAGCUUUGGAUAAAAGGGCAGCCCAUGUUCGCUACUUUCCAAGUGGUGGUUUCUGAAUUUGUCCAUCAUCUGUUUCAGUGAAUCAGAAAUAUGUUGCCAUUGCUGUAGCAGCUGUGUCCAAGCUUCAAGUGACGUGAAGUCACUUAGAAUAUAUGGUCACAGUGAUACAAUCACUCAGACACUUCAUCAUUACAAAUCAACCACCUGUUCUGAUGAGGUGGAUUUAGCAUGUCGGGUGAAAUGACUUGUAGGCCUACUGGUACGUUGAUAAGUGUUGUUAUGAUAUACAGCUAGACCAGUGAUGCAUUCAGUUGCCUCUCUGUCUCCAGCAGAUAUAUAUUAUUCUUGCUGUCUACUUAAUGACUUGAUCUAUUUCUAAAGUUCAUCAUUCACAUUGCCAACCUAUGUCAACAUUAAUUGCAAGAUUUUCUGGGUGACUUUAAGUGUAGGAGCUUCUUCUCAAGUUUAUCAUUGAAACUUGCAUUUCAAGAAAUGUUAUCAUCUACUUCACUCUGAACAGAAGAUCAGUGAUGAGUUCAGCUUUUCGUGAUGGGUUCAUAUUAGCUUGAUUACGUUAUAGAGUCCUUUUAACAAAUCGACCUGUUAACUUGCAACCUGAUUGACAACACCAGGUUGAAUAAUUGGUUUGAGUUACAAGCCACAGUAUCACUCUAAGCAACCAUAUAAUAGAUGCACGUGUUGAGACAACACGUUAGAUGUAGACCUCUCUCUUUUCAUUCCUUCCCUCAUAAAUAAGCUCACAAGCGUAUUUUUGAAGAAAUCCCAAAGAGCAUGGACUCGAGGGAGUCUGAAAAGAGCCUGAAUGUCAAAGAGAUUACCACGCUCCUUCUGCUUGAGGAACAAUGGAAGGGUCAGAUUAAGUUCUCUCGCAGAGGUGCUUUGUCCUUUGGAAAAUGUUUGUUAGAACUACGUACUAGUAUUGUGGCUGUUCAACUUCUUGGCAUUCUAAAUACAUGUAAGAACUGCAUGUAUUUGUAUCACCAGCUGCACCCGCCAGUUAAAGGUUUGGUCAUACACCCUCAGCAAGUUAGGACCUUUGGUUUGCGAUUCUUUGAAUUGUGUAAUUUUUGAUGAUUUCUGUAAGCAAGCUGUUAUGAACCCACUUGUUAGAUCAUGAGUAUAGUGUUGACGUUGUAUUGUUUGGUCCAUUAGUUAACCUAUAGUACUCUUUGACAUGCUGUUAUUUCUUGUUUCUUUUAUAACUAAACAAUUAUUUAAAUAAAUUAUGUUAAGAUGAUCUGUAGGUGUAUGAUGCUAGUUUAAUUUAUGAGCUAUUGUCAUCCCCUAAAGCACUGUUAAGGCCCAAAAUACCAGUGUGCUAUAAAAUAAACUAUUAUUUUCCUGGUAAGUUUGAACGUCCAAGACUUGUUGGUCAGAAUAUUUUGACAUUGAUUGUCUCAGGUUGCGUGUUUUAGGGUUGACCUUAGCUCUCUUGAUGAUAGGCAUUGUAGCCAUUAUAUUGAAACAUAGUAAUCAUUUUGUGCUAAUAUUUUUUGAAAACAUUCCAUAGCAGUGUCCAUGCUAAAAUACCCUCCGGAGUAUGGCAGAACAGAGCUAACAUGGUAUCUUUAGUCUGUUUCCAGAAUUGAUUGAUAAUCAAAUGUAAGCUUCAAUCCUCUAACCAACACCAAAAUUGUCUGAAAGUUAAAAUAUUUUGAACCGUUUUAGAUAUCAUGUUGUUACAUUCGUCGUGUUGUCUGCUGAGCCAUUGGAGACAGACAUUUACCCUAAUUCAUCGCAAAAGUAAAGUUACAAAUUCGCAAAACUGUGAAAUAAAAUGGCUGCGACUAUUUCCUGGUUUACAGUGUCUGCCUGUGCAGGUUAGUGAUUCUUCCCAUUAGACUAUUGUGGGAUUCCAUCUUUUGUUUCAUUCAGAUCUCUUCUUUAUCGGGCCUGGUGGGAGGCAAGAAAUGAGGAUUAGAUACCUAGGGGUACUUUUAACAGUGUUCCCUUAUCGCCACACAGCCUUCCACUUGUUCCCAUCAUUAACAAGUAGCUUCAUUCUGUAUCCGUCUAUGUACUACUUAAGUCUUAACUCUAUAACCUAUCAGAAACGAUCCAAAUCUCUAGUCUUAGUAUCUGUCCCGUACUAAGUUGGUAAUGGAUCAUGUAAACAUUACUGGACAGACUUGUAUUGUAAUGUGUAUCAUUGACAACUUGGCAGAACCGUCUGGACAGCUCAUAGCGUUACCAAAACAGACUUUACUGUCCAGUGGGUAAUUCUGAAUGCAGAAAGAGAGGGGCUUGGUCACAGAUCACACACAUUACUUUACAGACAUGAAAAGUAAUGUACAUAACCUUUACCAGCUUGGAUGGGACAUAGAAAUAGCCAACUGAAAUGUCUUUAGGCAAUAUAGUGUGUCAUUGUUGGGUGUCAUUUUCAACUACCAGUAGUUGGUUCAUGUUUUAGAAAGACGAGUGACUCAUGCAAUACGUGUAGUUGUGGAGAAAGUGUUUCUCAUGGUUUGAUAUAGCUAUUGUAGAGUAUUUGUACAACUGGCUUGCUUCUUUAGGCCAAGUCUUGCACCAGAACAUGGCAAUGCAAUCUUGAACUUUAUAGGGUUAUUCAAUAACAACUGCAGGGAGAACCUUCUGAUAGGUUGCCAAUAAUGAAAAUCAGACAACAUCUUAACAUUGCUAACCACAGUGUUACGGUCGUGCACAAUGUGUCACGAGAUUCUCCCUGUCUUUUCAAAGUGAAGAGAGUAAAUUCAAGAAUAUGCCAGUAUCCUAGUCAAGGUUUAAGCCUGGAUGAGAAGUCUCAACAAGUCAGAGAUACUGUAAAGACAGGAGCUCUUGGGGAUCGUUCGUUUGUUUGGCAGGAUGAGGACAGACGUAGCCUGUGUGUGUAGAGAUUGUGUACACUUGAAAGGCAUCGAGCCGUUUCAUCUCUAGAAUAUAUGUUUGAAGUAAAGCGAAGGGUUCAAGAUCUUUGAAUUAGGCUAUGGAGAACCCAGAUCUUCCCAUCUGUAGCAAUUCAUUUUUCGCUGAUAGAUUCAACGCACUCUUGUAUAACGCUGACGAGCUUGAUCAAAUUAGGGAUUUGAGAAUUCAUUAACCUAAAAUGUGUGUUCAUUUGCAGAUGGCGAAUGAUUGAAAUGCUGUAGGUUUGGGCUAUUCAUGUGUGUGGUAGGUUCACUUUGGGAGGUGGUCACUGUGAAUAUCAUCACCCUUGGCCCUUCCGUUGUGAUGUUGUCUUGCUUUUCUCUCCCAUGACAUGCACAAGACUACUGCUCAGAUAUACUGCACGCUGCAUGUAUAUUUUUGUAGCCGUGCUUGUUAAAUAAUCAUGAAUUUCUGCAGGUGUUUUGUAUUGUUAAGAUAAUUCCAUAUGGUAUAAGAUGACGCCAGCCUAAUCCUGCUACUUAAAGGUGUACUUCAAUGCACAUGGAUGUGUGCUAUUCUAAGCUUGAAACCAACUCUGUUUCACCAUAUGGUUCAUGUAACUGCUCAAAAUAUUUUGACAUAGGGUGUUAGUGCUGCCAUCUUUUUCUGUAUUACAUAACCAUUGACCUUUACUGGUCCCUGAGGCAGCGAUCAAUAACUCACAAUGAAAGCAUGUUUUCUUCUUGAUCACACUAAUAGGAUUCAGACAACUGCUGCACUCUAUAUCUGAUGGCUGAACUACAAGUACAGUCUUCUGGGCUGCUACAAGUAUGCUGUGAUUGAUCAGUUCAAAAACACUCAGUCUGGUUCAACCAAUCGAAUCUCCCGUUACAAUGUCAAUCCCGUUCCUCAGACUUGCCCUGUCUUUUCCAAUCCAUCUGCCACAUGUGAACGUGUCCAUCAGACUCCCUAACGGCUAUGCAGAAACUCUCCUGCAACAGAUUUCUGGCUAUGUACACCCUUCCUUUAUAAGGGGGAGUCUUUUGUAACAAAAAUGAAGGUGUACAUGCAUUUGCUGGCCAAUUUUCACUGAGGGUAUCGGAAGAAAUGUUGGAAGCUGAAAACCUGUUGUAUGAGUAUUUCUAAACAGCCAGGAGCUAUAUUUAGAUGUACAUAUAUAUCAAUGUUGCUUGCAUAUUUGUGUAUGAUAUUUGUGAGGUCAGUUAAAGAGAACUUUAAAAAAACUGUAGUAGACAUGUUUUGCUAGAAACAGUGUGUGUAAAUAUACAUAAAUGUGUGUGGUUGUGUGUAAUUUAGUCAUCACCAGAGUUGCCAAACCACGUCGCUGUACAUUUUUGGUUGAGGUUGUAUAAUAUAUAAGACAUUGUUAAGAUUGAAGUGUUAUCAUUUGUUUACGACAUUAAUAGUCAAUUUAGUUAUGAUGCAAAGUUGUCCUGCAUCUAGUUGGACCACAGAAUGGUGUGCCUGGAUUAGGCUCAAAGAUGCUACGAACAUAGUCAUGAAAAUGACUGAAACAAUACAUUGAUACCUCCUGCAGUGCAACACUUUGAAACCUGUUUUGCCAUCAAGCUGUAAUACUUUCACCAUCCAGCCUAAUUCUUUCAACUGUCCUGUGGUCCCUGGAGAAAGAUGCCCGCCUCUCUAGCCUGUAAUAUAUGCAGUUGUAGAUAAAUGAUUUUUAAUAGCAAAGCUUUAUUAACAGCAACAAUGGCUAGCUACUGUGUGGAGUAGUAUUUUGGUUGAGCCCUUGUACAUUUGAUACCACUAGGCUAUAGUAAAAUUAUUAAAUUAGAUAUUGGAGUAAUUUGUGUUACAAAAUGGAAUAAAGAGACAUAGAUAUGUUAUUGUUAACACUGGAAA